AUGACCAGUUCGAGUGCGACGACCGGCGCUGCUAGUGCUGCUGAAGAGGCUACUGCCCAGGAAGAUGUGCCCCGCGACGUGCGGUUGCUGCAUCUGCUUCUGGCGUCGCAGUCGAUUCAUCAGUACGAGGACCAGGUGCCCCUACAACUGAUGGAUUUCGCGUUCAGAUAUACGCGCGGUGUGCUCAAAGACGCCAUGGUAUACAAUGACUAUGCGGAGCAGCCGGACGAAGGGCUCACUGUCGAGGACAUCCGGCUUGCGAUUGCAGCUAGAACCCAGUACCAGUUCAAACCUACGGCGCCAAAGGAGCUGCUAUUACAGUUGGCCAGCGAGCGGAAUAAGAAGGCGCUGCCGCAGGUGAUGGGCAUGUGGGGGGUGCGAUUGCCGCCAGAGAAGUACUGUUUGACUGCCAAAGAAUGGGAUUUGGACGAUGAUGAGACAGCGUGA